AUGUCCCCCGCUAUGAACGUCGCGACUCUCAAAGCUCAAUCGGCGGAAAAGGUUGGAGCUUUCAAGAAUGCUUUCACCAGUCGACAGAAUUUCAUGGACUAUGUGACAGUUCAAGAUACUGCUCUCGAUCGCCAUUCGGGCUCGAAUAAGGUCUGGUCCAAUGAAGAUCUUGAUCCAACACCUCCUGAAAAACGGACAUGGCGUUGGUGGAACUUCGUUACCUUCUACCUGGGACUCUCCUUUGGCAAUUGGACUUUGGGCUCGACCAUGGUAGGAAUUGGCCUUAAUUGGUGGCAAGCCAUCAUCGUUAUAUUCGUCUCUCAAUUGAUCAGUUCGGUCGCCAUGUACUUCAACAGUCGAUGCGCCUCGGUUUAUCAUAUUGGAUACCCUGUCGUAGCCAGGAGUGUUUUUGGAAUGUAUGGUUCAUACUACUUCGUUGGAGCUCGCGCUGCCUUGGCUAUUAUCUGGUAUGGUGUACAAUUGUUCUCUGGUGCGAGUUUCAUGAGCAAUAUCUUGCGAUGCAUUUUCGGACACAACUUCACUAAUAUACCAAAUCACAUUCCUGAAUCGAUUGGUAUUACAUCUGCCAGUAUGCUUGCCUUCUUCCUGUUCUGGCUAGUUCACUUCCCAUUCUGCGCCUUUCGACCAUAUCAAUUGCGAGCCUUCUUUUGGUUCAAAUCAAUUGUUGUUUUGCCAGCCGUAUUUGGACUUUUCAUUUUCUGUAUGGCCAAUACAAAGGGAAAAGUCGGAUCAGUAUACAAAAGCACACUUGGGGAAGGGGCUGCCUAUGGAUGGUUUAUCAUGUAUGGCAUCAACAGUGGCAUGGGUAACACUGCAACUUUGAUCACAAAUCAACCAGAUAUUGCGAGAUGGAGUGCGACGAGAUCGGGCGCACAAUGGUCGCAACUUCUUACUCAACCUCUAUCCGUUACGCUGUCCGCCACAUUUGGAAUCUUGGCCACGGCUGCGAUCAACAACAAUUGGGGCUUGGAUCUAUGGAAUCCUUGGGAUUUGCUAAGCGCCAUUUUGGAUAGAUAUUGGUCGGGCAGCACACGUUUUGCUGUCUUUCUCUUGGCAUUCUGCUGGAUGGUAUCCAUUCUUGGUACAAACAUUGCAGCGAACAUGAUUCCAUUCGGUGCUGAUAGUACCAUGUUGUUUCCUCGAUUUCUCACAAUUCCCCGCGGGCAAUAUGUUGUGGAAUUCUUGGCUUUUGCCAUCUGUCCAUGGAAGAUUCUCGCUUCUGCGUCGGUUUUUACCACAUUCCUUUCGGGUUAUGGUAUAUUCAUGGCAAGCGUGGUUGCAAUAAUGGUCUGCGAUUACUAUGCACUCACUAAGGGCAAUGUUUUCAUUGGGCAUCUCUACAAUGGUACAAAAUCAAACAAGCAUUACUAUUAUUUCCAUGGCUGGAAUGUGCAAGCGAUUAUUGCAUAUAUUUGUGGUGUUGCGCUCCCUUUUCCAGGAUUUGUUGGAACUCUAGGCGCAUCUGUAUCCCAAAGUGCUACGAAUCUUGGACGUCUCGGAUGGUUGUUAUCCUUUACUGUCAGUUUCGUUGUGUACUUUGCUCUUUGCAAGGUAUGGCCGACUCAGAACCAGAAAUUAAUCAAGGAAAUGGGUCUUGGAUGGGAAUCACAAUACGGUGAUGUUGUAAUUGCUGAAGAUGGUACACAAAUUGCAAUCAAUGCAGACGCGGUUACAGCAAUCAGUGAUGAUUCUGAAUCUGUCAAUAGAACUACAGUGGCGUACCGGGGAGAAAAGGAAUCUUGA